GAAUUGCAAAAAAAGGUGCGAACUCGUGUAAGUGCUGAGUACUGGCUUCGGGUGAACUGUGCUUAUCCCGAUAAGCAGUUGUUUGACUGGGGAAUGAUGCGAUUGCAUCGGGCCCAAUAUGGGAUUGGAGAUGCUUUUGCUACAGAAGCUGAUGAUCACUUCAGCAAGAAACGAGAUGCUGAGAGGCUUUCAAGGCUAGAGGAGGAGGAAAAGAAUCUCAUAGAAACCAGGAAACGGAAAUUCUUUGCAGAAAUUCUGAAUGCCUUCCGUGAAUUUCAUCUGCAAAAUCAAGCUACUCUGAAACGCCAAAAGCAGAGAAAUGAUGGGGUCCAGGCAUGGCAUGCAAGGCAAAGGCAACGAGCCACACGGGCUGAGAAGUUGAGGUUCCAAGCCCUUAAAGCUGAUGAUCAGGAAGCAUACAUGCGAAUGGUGAAAGAGAGCAAGAAUGAGAGAUUAACUAUGCUUCUUGAAGAAACAAACAAGCUCCUCGUUAACUUAGGAGCUGCUGUUCAACGUCAAAAGGAUGCUGGAUAUUCUGAUGCCAUUGAGCAUCUGAAAGAUUCAGAAACAGAAUUAGAUGCCUCAAGUAGUGGAACCCCUGGGGAAUAUUUGCCUGAAGAAGAUGCAGAUAUUACUGAUUCAGAUCGCAAUGAUGACUCAAGUGAUCUGUUGGAAGGUCAAAGGCAGUACAACUCCGCUAUUCAUGCAAUUCAAGAGAAGGUAACAGAGCAACCCUCCACUCUUCAAGGUGGAGAGUUAAGAACUUACCAAUUAGACGGUCUUCAAUGGAUGGUCUCUUUGUUCAAUAACAACCUAAAUGGAAUUCUAGCUGAUGAGAUGGGGUUGGGGAAAACAAUACAAACCAUUUCACUGGUCGCUUAUCUCUUGGAAAAUAAGGGUGUGACUGGACCUCAUCUGAUAAUAGCUCCAAAGGCCGUGCUGCCAAAUUGGAUGAAUGAAUUCACGACUUGGGCUCCUAGUAUUGGAGCAGUACUUUAUGAUGGACGUCUAGAUGAGAGGAAGGUAUUGAGGGAGCGGCUAUCUGUGAAUGGAUUCAAUGUUCUGAUCACUCAUUACAAUCUUAUCAUGAAAGACAAAACAUUCUUGAAGAAAAUUCAGUGGCAUUAUAUGAUUAUCGAUGAAGGGCAUCGGCUAAAGAGCAGUACGUGCUCUCUUGUGCAGACUCUUAACGCCGGGUAUGAUGCUUCUGUGAAUAACUGUACCCUGUACUGCAGAACUAAAUUUCAUGCUAAUCUGACUGAUCUGAUUGCUAUAUCUGAUAGUACUGACUUCAUUGAUGCAGCUAUAACUGUCAACGGAGACUUCUUUUAA